AACUUUCUUUUACACAACAAGUUCAUCAGCCACAACCAAUUUUGUGUGUGGUGUUGCUUAGGAAAGUGAUUUUCUAUUCUAUUUAGUAUAUAUAUAACUUUAGUAAUAUCUUUACCUUUUUAUAUAAAUUGACUUUAUAUAUUGUUUCAAUUAAGUUGGUAUGAGAUUAACUCGUAAUAUUAACUCAAUUAAACAAUCAAACAUUUUAGUUAUAAUAUAGAUGAUUCUUAUCAUGUCAUUGCAGCACUCUUCUUGCUUUUUUUUUGUUUUGUUUUGGAGUAGAUGGCACAGUUCGUUGAUCAGAUGGGAUUUUAAUGACUGACAUUGUUGUUACAUUGAGGAUAAAGAAUGGCUGCUAUGUUAUUGGAAACAAAGGAAUUUCUCUCCAUUUUAGUAUGAUAUCAAUUUAUCAAAGCUGUGGCCUUUUGUAUCAAAGUAGAUAACUCAAUUCUUCUAUUUUAGGUUGAAAUGAAUUUUGUUGAAGAGAGUUGAGAUGCUGAGAGCUGUGAAGAGGUGGUUAUGAUGGUGGCAAUAUGUCAUGUACAUGUUCUCUAGUGUGCCAUACCUUAUUCUGUAGGUUGUUAAGUAAAAUUAUGGGCAACUUGAUUUGAUUGGUGGUAGGAGGUUGUAAUGUCAUUGGGUAAGAAUUCGAAGGACAUAUGGGUAGUUCCCUAGAUAGUUGGGCACUAACAUUAGCUUUCACUCAUGUUCGCGGAAGUUGAAAUUGGUAUAACAAUUUUUUUGUUUUUUUUUUGUUUUCAUAUUGAUUUUGUUUUCAUAAAAUAGAAUUUACCUGUCUACAUCCUUUUGAUGUUAAAUGUUAAUGUAGUGUAAGCAUUUUUAAGAAGGAUUCUUUCCUGAAAAGCAAAUAAGGUUUGAGAAGAAUCUUGUUUUGUUAAGAUAAAAAUGAUUCUACUUUAUUUUUGUUGGUAUAUUUUCAGCUUACAAAGAAAGCUUCUCCGAUAUAAAGAUAAAUGAAAAUGACAUCCGGGUUUGAGUAACAUAGGACUUCACUCUUUUAAAGAUUUGGGUUUGAUCCGACUUUUUUAAUACUAUUUGACUUUUGGUUUUAAGUCUCGGAUCUUGAUGUAUGGAUGUUUAGAUCUUGACUUUGAUUUUGGAAUUUUGCAUUUUGUUUGCUGUUUUGGUCACUUUAAAAAGCUGUUUUCUUUAAUGUAGUUUCCUAUCUUUUAUUUGCUAUUUGGAUCUGCAAUUACAUAACAUCUUUUGAUCUGUGUUCCAUGUUAUGUUUUCAACUCAAUUCCUGCUUUGGUUUGUCCAAAAUUUAGUCAUUUACCAAUGUAAUAUAUAAGCCUUAGCUGCAUUUCCUAAUAAUGUUAUGAAACAUAGUGUUUUCUUCUUUUUUAUUGUCUUUCAUGUUUGAUUUGUAAAUCUUGAACUGUUGGUCGAUUUUUGGAUGCAUAUUAUGUGUGUCUAAUUGCUUUAGAGAUUAUUUUAGAGCUUAUAUUGAAGACAUAUGGCAUUUCAUUUGGUAAGUUUAAGGGUUAAAAAAUUAAAAAAAAUUAAAUGGAGAGCUGAAAUAACUUUGUUAUAAAGUUGGAGGCCAAAAACCAUUAGACCAAAUAGAAAUAAACAUUUAAAUACUAAAUAUAUAAAUAUAUAUUAGUAAUUUGAUUCAGUAAUGUGUCACCUAAGGACAAGGCAUAGUUGAAGCUGUCAAUAGAAAUCUAUAAAUUAAAAAAGAAAAAAAGUCGUAAAAACUCCCUUGGAAUCAACUUUUGUCAACUAAACACAUAAACAAAAUAAAUAAAAAACAAGUUCUGAAACAUAAGAUUGGUUGGAGAAAUGAGAGAUCUUUCUUCUUUAAUUAAUAAAUUGAGAGGUUCAAAAGGUUCAAAUUUAUGAAGGCAAGCUAUUAGCCUGUGUAAGGAAAGAGUUACCCAUGAAAUGAAUGUUUAUUUGCGAGCCAUUAUAGUGGGAAGUGGUGCAUUUAAAUGAGUGAGUUAUACAUUGCUUGAUGAGAGUGCAACUACCUCUCAUCUCUCACUAUUUAUUUAAUAAUUGUUAAAUAUUCUUAUUUUUAUAUCAUAUUCAUGUUAUCUUUUAAUGAUAUUUUGUGUCUGUCUUUUUUAUUGCUUUCACGCUUUUUAUUGCUUUUAUUGCUUUUAUUUUAUUUUUUAAAUUGAAAGUGUUCAUGAAUUAGGUUCAACCCAUUAAAAGUUAUUCCUAUAUGAAAAUGUAUAUACUUUAUCAUUAAAUAUAAAUAAAAUAAAAUGAAAUAGAGAUAGAAUCAAAUUAAACCGAUUUACUUUGCAUUGGUAUGACCAUUUUUAAUUUGGGCAAAUAAAAGAAGGCCCCAUAAGGGUUUCAUACUUAGCUGGAAAGCUAAAUAUAUGAUAAUAUAUCAUAUUAAAAUAAUUUUUAUGGCUGAGCAAAAUGUGUGUGUGUGGAUUAUAUCUUGCUGAAAAUGUUUGCUCCAUGUUAUUAUCAUAUUUUACAUUUUCAACAUUUUCUUGUGAUGGCAACUCUUUUGUCUUGUGUUAGAACUUUAAUUAUUAAAUCAAUCUGUCUCUGACAUAUACUCCCAGAUAUGCUAGAUGUUGGUACUAACAAUCUAAAGCUAAUUGAAGACCCACUUUAUGAGUAAAAUAUGUGCUUAUUUACUUUGUUAUUCAUAGAAUGGAACAUAUGAAAUGUUUGGUGGUACUUUGUUUUAUUUACCGAUUGUGGAGAUUUCUCUUGACAUGUUUCUCUUUGGGGGUUUGGACAGAUUUAGGACUAAGACAACCAAGGUUAGAAGGGGAAGAAUAUUUAUCAAUUAUUGAUGAGUUCAUCGAAGCGAUUUUAACACGUUAGCCUGAGGCUAUUGUACAGGUUUCUCUCUUUCAGAAGUGAGACUUUUGUUUUAUGCUGAUACCAUGAUGUUUAUUUGAUGGUUACCCCAUUUAGUUUGAGGAUUUUCAAAUGAAGUGGGCCUUUAAAACUCUGAAACGCUAUCGGGAAAGGUUUUGCAUGUUUAAUGAUGACGUACAGGGAACUGCUGGAGUUGCACUUGCUGGAUUGUUAGGAACUGUAAGAGCACAAGGUCGAUCUUUGGAUGAUUUUCCAAACCACAAGAUUGUUGUGGUGGGAGAUGGAAGUGCAGGGCUUGGUGUUCUUAGCAUGGCUGUGCAAGCUGUUGUAAGGAUGACAGGAAAUGCAGAUACAACUCCACAAAACUUCUUCCUACUUGAUAAAGAUGUACAAUUUUGUACCUCCUUUCUAGCUUUUUUCAUCCUAUUUGUGCAAAGCCUUUUAUGUUCUUUUAGAUAUGUAAUGUCCUUUCUCUUGUGUAAUGAAGAUGUGGAUUUUAUGAACUAAUCAUGUAAAAAUGUUUUGCUAGAAAAUCAUCUGCGGAUUUCUUUUUA